UUAUGGUUGAAGAGAUUGAUCGUGUAGAAGAGGAGGAUUCCAAUUUUCUUCCAUGUCAGAGUUGGCAAAUUACUCCCGAUCCAAUUGUUAUUAGAGGAAUAGGAAACUUGACGUUGUUCGGACUCAAUUCACGUUUCUCUUCAGAAUUUCCAUGUUCACUAAAAGGAAAAUUGGCACCAGAAGAAUUUCAGGACACAAUGGACCGAAUUAAUUUUGUUUUGCAAAGGAACAUCCAUUCACAUUUGCGUUGGCUAAUUUGUGGUUUAAUUUUUUGUUGUUGUAGUAUGGGUAUUUCUUUGUGGCCGGUGAUUUAUUUGAAUAAAGGAACAAUUUCAGCAGUCAAAGAAACACUCGAACAAGAAAAUCAAUUACUUUAUAAUAAAUUAGGUUUUAAUUGGAAAUUAUCUCGUAGGCCUGUUGAAAAUACCGAAAAUUUAACUGAAUAUGUGCUGCUGAUUGAAACUUUGGCUAAAAUUCCAUUGUCAGUGCCAGACUGA